CAUCCAAGACAGAGCUUUCGAUUUCGUUAACAUGGCUAGCGACCAAGAUCAGUUCAGAUUGGUGUCGCCGCAGAUAAACCAUGAAGGAAGGCUUCCAAGGAAGUAUACUCAGGAAGGCCAGGGCGCAAAGAAGAACAUAUCUCCGCCUCUGGAAUGGUAUAACGUACCGGAAGGAACCAAGUCUCUGGCGCUGGAGGUGGAGGACAUUGAUGCGCCCGACCCUAGCGGCCCCAUUGUGCCUUGGACCCAUUGGGUGGUGAUUAACAUUCCGCCGACAAUUAAGGGGUUUCCGGAGGGGUUUGCCGGGAAGGAGGAAGACAUGGAUGGGGACCGAUGCUACCGUACGUCCCAUGGCCACCGGUUUCAGUUCAAGCUCUAUGCUUUGGAUGAUGAAUUGCACCUAGGUGACAAAGGAGAAAGUGCUGGAGCAUGUGCUAGCAGAAGCAGAGUUGAUGGCUAAAUUUUGAGUGCAAGUUUGCAUUAUAUAAAUGUAGCAAGUGACGAGUGUAGCCUUCAAGUGUGAAAUGAAUUAAUGUAUAACUUAUGAAUACAUUGCCAGUCCAAUAUAUCUUAAACUUAAAC